CAGGAGCAGCCAUGAGAGUUGAAGGUGGUCGUGGUUUCCGGCUGUGUGUGUUUCUGGUGGCCACCGCCACCACUCUUACGGCGGUUGCCGGUGGCGAUGCAAAGCCCCGCCAUUUCUCCGUUCCCUUCAAUAGAACCGUCUUUCCUUCUGACUUUGUCUUUGGUGCUGGCUCUGCUGCUUAUCAGUCAGAAGGAGCAGCAAAUAUUGAUGGAAGAGGACCAAGCAUCUGGGACACCUUCACUAAGCAGCACCCAGGAAAGAUAUCAGAUCAUAGCACUGGUGCAGUGGCCGAUGAUUUCUAUCAUCGCUACAAGAGUGAAAUACAGCUGAUGAAAAAAAUUGGGCUGGACUCUUUUAGAUUCUCCAUCUCAUGGUCUAGAAUUUUUCCUGAGGGCAAGGGAAAAGUGAAUGAAUUGGGAGUCAAGUUCUACAACAACGUUAUAAAUGAGCUCCUAGCUAAUGGUUUAACACCACUUAUCACCCUCUUUCAUUGGGAUCUUCCUCAAGCUCUUGAAGAUGAGUAUGGUGGAUUUUGUAGUCCUAAAGUUGUAAUGGCUCACCACCUCCUCCUUUCUCAUGCGGCUGCUGUUAAGCUCUACAAAACCAAAUUUCAGGCUACUCAGAAGGGAAAAAUAGGGAUCACUUUAGUGACAAUUUGGUUUGAGCCAAAGUCUGAGACUAUGGUCGAUCAUGCUGCCGCAAAUCGAGCUCUCGAUUUUUUCUUUGGAUGGUAUGCUGAUCCAAUUACAUAUGGAGAUUAUCCAAAGAUCAUGAGGUCAUAUGUGGGAGACAGACUUCCAAAAUUCACAAAACCAGAAUCAGAAAUGCUGAAAGGAUCAUAUGAUUUUCUUGGUGUCAAUUAUUAUACCACCUAUUAUGCUGAAAACUCCCUCUCUGCUUCCACUGUUAAUCGGAGUUAUACUUCUGAUAUGCGUGUCACUUUCUCCACCAAGAGAAAUGGUCUCUAUGUUGGUACCCCGACUGCUUUGAACUGGCUCUAUAUUGCUCCCAAGGGAAUCUACCAACUUAUGAUGUAUGUCAAGGAAAAAUACCAGAACCCGCCUAUUGACAUCACUGAAAAUGGAGUGCCUGAAUUAAAUAAUGCGUCAAAACCGGUUCAAGAAGCAAUCAAGGACAGUGUGAGGAUCAGAUAUCAUGAUAACCAUCUCAGAAAUCUCCUUCAAGCUAUCAAGGACGGGGUGAACGUGAAGGGAUAUUAUGCAUGGUCAUUUUUUGACGACUUCGAGUGGGAUGCCGGCUACACCGUUCGAUUUGGAAUCACCUAUGUGGAUUUCAAGGACAAUCUCAAAAGAUACAUGAAGUACUCUGCUUACUGGCUCAAGAUGUUCCUCCUCCAUUAG